AUGGAGGACGACAAUAACACCAACACAAACGUGAUCGCACCUUUCGUAGUGAAGACAUAUCAGAUGGUUAACGACCCUUCGACCGAUUGGCUCAUCACUUGGGGACCUGCACACAACAGCUUCAUCGUCGUUGAUCCUCUCGACUUCUCUCAGCGAAUCUUGCCUGCUUAUUUCAAACACAACAAUUUCAGCAGCUUUGUUCGCCAACUCAACACCUAUGGGUUUAGGAAAGUGGAUCCAGACCGGUGGGAGUUUGCGAACGAGCAUUUUCUCAGAGGACAGAACCACCUGCUCAAGAACAUAGCGCGUAGGAAACACGCGCGUGGAAUGAUGUACGGCCAAGAGAUGGAUGACGGUGAGAUCGUGAGGGAGAUCGAACGGUUGAAAGAUGAGCAGAGAGAGCUUGAGUUGGUGAUUCAGAGGAUGAACCAAAGGAUCGAGGCGACGGAGAAGAGGCCGGAACAGAUGAUGGCGUUUCUAUACAAGGUCGUUGAGGAUCCCGACCUCCUCCCGAGGAUGAUGCUCGAGAAAGAGCGGACAAAGCUAGUCUCCAACAAGAAGAAGCGUCGUGUCACGGUGAAGUCAGAGGACGAGGAAGAAAACGGAAGGGUUUUCGGAGUCAUUUCACCCUCACCUUCUCCGCCGGAGAAUUUUUACCGGACUCAAUCGCCGGAGAAUUCUUUGGGAUGGGUUGUUCCGGUGCCAAAGCCGGAGCAGUUUGGUAGUUACAACGAGGCUGGUCUGAUUUCCACUUCUUCCACGUCAUCAUCGUUAACGUCGACGUUGUCUUUGCCGGAUAGCAUAAGUGGAGGAUGUGGGACUAUUCAGGGAGAGACAAGAUACAAAGAAACGGCGACGUUUGGAGGAGUAGUAGAGUCAAAUCCACAAACACCGUCUUAUCCGUUUUCUUUGUUUCGAGGUGGCUUUUAG